GUUCCAGAUAGUGCUGACUCACACUCAAGAAAACAUGAUACACAGACACAAUGCACUGUAACUCUUUUCCUUUCCCCCAGUAAGCUCGAAAGUUUCUGUAGCUCAUGCAAUAAAUGGCUGAGACGGUAGGUGUAAUACCAAGACAUGAAGAGGAGAGCCAAAAUAACAACGAUGAUGAAGACCCGUUUCCGAAUCACGAUGCUGUAACGGCAUCCCCUGGUUGCUCUGCCAGCCCUUCAUUAGCCAGCCUUAAUGAAGACAAGGGAAGCUCAGCAGUGCCAGAAAGACUGUCCAUCCUCUCCAGCAAGGCCGUGGCCCAGGCAAAAGCCCUGACUGGCCCAGAGAUGGUUAGUGGUGGCCAGGCACAGAGGACAGCCUCUGGGUUGGCUGAGCAUCGCCCGACAGCUGUAAAUGCAUCGUUAGGUGGCUCGUCGUACUCUGCGGCUGUCGAUAACCUGCAGCCUGUGGGUAUCGCCUCCCUGUGCUCCGAAGGCCCCUGCUGUGAGGGUGACACCAGUUUGGAGGUGCCACAGGUCCCAAGGGUGCCUGGCGGGGCCAGCCAGCCCCCGCAGGCUGUCACUGCCCUGCCCGGGACCAAGCCCGGGGGCUGCCACACGCAGCAGGCAGGGAGCGGAGCCAAGGGCGACACGGCCCCUUCUAGUCUGGGCCAGGCGAUUUGGACAAAGACCGCAAAAGUAAGGGAGACCUUGGAAAAUAAGAAAAAGGAGGAAAAGGAGAAGUACCGGCUCCAGCUAGCUAUGUACCGACGGCUUCUGCUGUUGCGCUCGAUCAGGAGCUUGCAUAAGCAGCUGGAGCAGCAGCAGGCCAGAUUGCAGGAAUGCUACGGCACGGUAAUAAAUACCAAGAAAGAAGUGUUGAAACACAUUCGCUCAACCUCGCCCUCACCUUUGCCGUAAUCGUGUUGCUGCAUGCAGAAAUGAGCUUUGCAAUGCCACCGGAGCUGUCGGUAAGCUUGCAUGCCAUAGGGGUGGUGUUCUCCUACCCAAGAGUACGUGCCCACCUGCGCCGAGAGCAGAGAGGAAACAGCAGCAGCAGCAGCAGAGCAAGAAGAAAGGAGAAGGUACAGUGUUGGCUCCUGAAUUUACCUGGAGGAAGCCGGAGCAUGAUUGUUCCUGUGCAAGAAGCUGCCUCCUGAUGGAGCUGAAAUAGGAUUUUUGGCAUGUAGGUUUGCAAAAAGAAAAAAAAAAACCCACAACUGGGAACCUAGUCUGACACCUGAUCUGUAAAGGUGGUCAGAUGCAAGAGUUGCUGCCUGCUGAAUAUGUGACACAGCACAUCUCCCUUCUACUUUCAGCGCUAACAAAACUUGAGCAAAAUUAAGGGUCAUUUGUCCACAAGAAUACAUGAAUCAAGAAAGCCAGGAUGUUUGAAACACUUAAGCUCAGGCUUGAUUAUAUCUACCUAGCUGCCUGUUUUUCACAGAACUGCUAAGGCCGUUGUACAUUUGUGACCUCUACCCUCCUAUAAAAUGUAUUCAGAUUGACCAGAAAUUAUUGUGGGAAGGUAGGACAGUCAAACACAUGCACAGGGAGACAGUGCAACUGCCCCAGCCUUAUUUCCUUAGGAAAGCAAGCUAAAAAGAAAGGCCUCAUAAUCUGGCGUUACAUUGGAAACCCAGACUGGCAGUGCCAGGGGAAUGUUCGAGGUCUGCACAAUUAUUAAUCUGCUGCUAACUCCCAGUGGCACUAGCGUCUGCAAAUCAAGCAUAUUUUGUGCCUUACUGCUGUCAUUUAAUGGAAGUUGGUGACAAUUAGCACUUUUUAUCCAGGUGUAUUAGACAUGUGGAAAACCCUAGAGCACUGUUUCUCCAAUUUUGAGGUUAGGAUGCCUGCAGGGAAUUUGAUGUCAGUAUGCAACAAACACACAGGGAAAAUGAAAGCAAAAAGAUGCAACUUUUUUGUAUGCAUUUAAAAGACAAUGCGAGUCCCUAUUAUUGAACAGCAAAUUGAAUAGUUGAAUGUGCUGCUUUAGGAUCUGAAGCAAAAAAUGGUUCAAGAAGAAAAGAUACUGAAAAGCUUCCUUUUCUAGGACUUAAAGUGAUAUGGAAAAAUCUCAUUUUCUUCAGAUAUUUAUUUCUGAUAGUGCCACCUUUCCUUUUCCCCUGUUGGUUUGUUUGUUGGGGGUUUUUUUUUGUAAAUGUUUAGGUAGACGAAAAAUCAAACAGGUUUUUGGUGUGUUUUUCCCUCAUGAAAAGGUGAGUCCAUUAUUAGAAGUCCUAUCUUUCUGAGAAUAAUGUGCUAUAUAUAGGAAACUUUUCAUCCUCAGCUUUUUUUUGUGUGUGUAUAGAGAGAGGGUAUGUGUUUGUGCACGCAUGCACACACACAUCCCUAUACACAAGAGGUUAUGAAAGGCUGGUGCUUCUUUUUCUGUAGCAGAAGCAGGAAUAAUAUCUCAAAAUAAUCUCUGCUGUCUGUGAGGAGUUUGGUUGAUUAGAUUCACAUGCACACAUCUGUGAGCAAGGUAUUGAAGUAAUUCAACAAUUGAAGUGCAGCACAACAUUGCCAUUAUUCCGCCUUUGUAUUUCUGCGCACCCAAAAUUAUGGAAGCCCCCUGGGUAUGCACAACCUUAGAUAUGUUCAUUCAUCUCCUUGGGCCCUGGUGUAGCCUCUCACGCAGCACGAGCCUGUAACUUUGAAUGCAGAAUUACCAUAGAAACAUCCUUGGCAUCAAGGAGAUAUUUGAAGAAGCAUCCUCUGCUGCCUCAUUUGGGGGAUUCGGGUUGCCAGGGGCCUUUAGUGGGCUGCAGAAGAGAGCUGGGGAUCGCACGUGACUAGGAGACAUUACUCCUGAGCUCUGAUCCCAUCCAGCUCUCUGCUCAGCCUUGGGAAAACUGUUCUCUGUCAGUAAUGCAGGUUUCCCAAAGAAUGCUUAAAUACUAAACUGACCUCAGAGGUAACCUGUUCUGUCUUAGUAUGCCCCCCAAGAAGGAAGGUUGAUCAUGGCUAAUAAGGCUAUGCAAAGAUUUGAUUUUUUUUUUCUUAUUUAUUUGUACUUUAUGAACUAGAAAAGCAUUUUUGUCAUUGGUUAAGAGUGAGAUUAAGUGUUCUGUUAAACCAAAAGGCAAGCAAACCACUAUUACGUCAUUUCUCUUGAGGAAAGAAGUGUUGGAGAAGGGACACAUCUUUCAAAAAUACUACUGAAUUUUGAAAUCAAAUAUAAAAUUGUUCCCAUUAGGAAGACUGUCAAAAUGUAUAUUUUAGUUAAUUUUGGCCAACUUUUUGUUUGAAAAAGAGUUAUCUUCUAAAUUAGAUUCAGCUUGAAUAAUAGUAUCAUGUCACUGAAUGUUCCACUGAAAUAAAAUAUAUGCACAAAAAUAUUAAAAAAACCCUGGUAAGACAAAGUAGCUAUUUUGCCUCGGUAGCUGCUGAAGUAUUGUCCUGCAUUUGUUGUGAGAAGCGGAAUGCCCUCCGUUACUGCGUAGAGCUACCUGUAGUGUCAUAUUUGCAUUUAAGGGUGACUAGAAUAAUGUUAAAAAAUACUUCUCGCAUAAUACAAAAUGCAGCAAUAGUCAAGAUGUCAAUGUGUCCAACUAAGUGCUUUGUGGCAGAACUGUGACAAUCUUUGUUUGUACAACACCUCUCAUAAAAUUUCUUGAUCCUAAUUGGGAUCAGUAGAUGCUUCUGCACUAUGAAUAUUAAAUACCAAAAGAUUUGUGCAUGAGCAAUGUUGUCUGAUAGCUGGCAAGAAAAUGAAGCCAAGACUCAUUCUGUGUGUGCAUACUCUUUCCAUGUAGUGCUUUAUGGAUACAUGCAAAAUAAAUGUUAACUGAGGAAAUAA